AUGCCUCCAAAAGGAAAGAAGACAAGGAGAACGCUUGGAGAAGACGCCCCUCAAGCUAAUGUCCAACCUCCACAAGCUGAAUUCCCUAUGAACGCCCUUCUCGAAGCCUUAAGAGCUAUUCCCGCUCAACAAAUUGAUCCUGCCGCUCGACAAAGUCAUCAUUUUCAGAUCUUUCAUCGAAUCCAAGUGCCUGAGUUUGAGGGUGGACAAGAUCCCAUGGUAGCUGAAAGGUGGUUGAGGAAGAUAAAGAAAAAUUUCAACACAAUAGGAAUAGCUGAGGAAUACCAAGUUACUUUCGCUGUGUCCAAGUUAGAGGGUGGUGCAGCAGAUUGGUGGGAGACCUUGUCCAGGAAAAUGGAAACUGAUGGGAUGACUUGGCGAGAUUUUGAGGAAGUUUUCAGGGAACAAUAUUUUAGUCCAUCUCACAGGAGGGCUCUUAUUGGAGUAUUUGAUGGUCUAAGACAAGGGGAUAUGACUGUGAAUGAAUUUUACAUGAAGUUUGUAGAGCUAUCCUCUUAUGGAUAUCCUGGUGUUGUUGAUAAACCCUUGGUGAUUGAACAGUUCAUGCGUCGUUUGAGGCCUGCGAUACGUGGUCCAAUAGCCCCUUUGACCUUUAACAACUUGACUGAAUGUGUGACAGCAGCCUUGCGAACUGAGGCUUAUGUAGAAGGGAAUGAGAAGAAGAACACAAGCAGAGGAAGAGGAGUUUACUACUACUACACUUGA